UAGCCUCCGUGUUGCGUUUGGAGGUCGUAUGAAGCUUUUACAGGAGGUGUUUCGUCCUUGUUUUGUGUCUGGAAACAUUAACAGGAGCUAAUCAACAUUUAGCACCAUGGGAGCCGAGCAGAGCGGAGAUGCAGAGCACAAACACUCAGACUACAGCUCCUCAGUUGUUCCCUCUCCAGCAAAGCAGAAGGCGAAGAUGGAUGACAUCGUGGUCGUGGCCCAGGGGACUCAGUCAAUGAGAAAUAUCCACAACGACCCAGAUGUCAUAAAGCUCCAGGAGAUACCCACGUUUCAGCCGCUUUUGAAAGGUGUGCUGAGCGGCCAGACGUCACCCAGCAGCGUGUGUCUGGAAAGGCUGGACACUGCUCAGGUUCUGCAGCUCUGCGUCCGAUACCAGGACCACCUACACCAGUGUGCCGAGGCCGUGGCCUUCGACCAGAACGCCCUCGUCAAGAGGAUCAAAGAAAUGGACAUGUCAGUGGAAACCUUGUUCAGCAUAAUGCAGGAGCGCCAGAAACGCUACGCCAAGUACGCAGAGCAGAUCCAGAAGGUCAACGAGAUGUCGAUGAUCCUGCGACGCAUCCAGAUGGGCAUCGACCAGACGGUGCCGCUGAUGGAGCGACUCAACAACAUGCUGCCUGAGAGCGAACGCCUGGAGCCCUUCAGCAUGAGGCCCGACGGGGAAUCUGUCACCAAGUAGCUUCUUUUAAAAUCCUCAACGUUGCUGCUUCCUACGAACCCAGAGUACUCCGUCCGUGCCCUCAGUCCAGGAGGAAGUGCAGGUGUGUCCAGCUGUAGGAAUAUUAAGCUUUUAUAAAUGGGUUAAAUAAUUUCACCCGUUUCAUUUUCACAGUAGAGAAGGAGCUCAGCUGAGAAUAUCUGAGUCUCUCCAGGUCACAAUCACUUCAAUUUCAUUAUUUUAAUUAGAGCAGGGAAACUCUCUUUAUCAGAAACAUCCUACUUACUACUGCACUUCUAUCCAGCACUCAUACCACAUUCAUACCUGAGUCCAACCACCUGUUACCGACCACUGACUGGCCCCACUGGAGGAAUCGCUAAUUUUAAGAUCUGCAUACAAUUGAACCCCAACUGUACAAGCAGCAGGCCUGGAGAUUAUUAUUACUAAUCCUCUCCCUGCAGGAAAUAAACUGGCAAGCUUCCAGACACAAAAACCAUCUUUGCUAAUCUAAAGGCAGGAGAGGAACAGACGCAUUUGAUUGAGAAUGAACUCCAGAUGCUCAAAAAACACACACAAAAAACAAGCCCCUCCAAAUGUGUCAUAGGUUUUACAAACUCAAAUGAAUGUGAGCGACAUAUAAAAUAUCUCUAGAAGUUUGCUUCUACCUGCCAAAAUAUCAAGAACCACCUAAGAACCUCCAGUGGAUUGAGUUUUGAAUCUUAACAAUAAAGACCUGAUUUUCAUCUCGCUCCGUUUGCCAUAUGUCGCCGUUUACAUGACAA